AUGGCUUACAACUACUCGCACGUUAUCGAGUCACUGGACCACACACCGUCGUGUGGCACCAGCAAGGGACGCGUGCGUGCCGAUUCUGGCCCAUCUUCGGGGCCCACACUUUCUCCCCCGGCCGCCCAACUCGGGUCCGCUCGCUCCCCCUCACCACUGCGUGAGGCGGCGGCCCGCCAGCCGGUCCUCCUACAGCCUCUUCCCCCCUCAACCGUAUUCGAGAAGGAGGGUGCAGCGCAGAGUGAGCUCGAACUAGACCGGCAGACAACCCAGCGGAAACGCGAGCGCGAGCUUGCCGAAGCGCUGCAAGACGCCCAGUUUACGAUUGAGCGCAUUGCCGCCCGCGAAGAGAUGGGCACGUGGGCCAAAAAGGUCAACGACGUAAAUGUCGAAGAGGGGCACAAGACUGCUCCAUUCGUACGCCCACCAGAAGCGUAUGAAUUGUACAAGGCGAUUGAUAACAAGGAUCUCGACUUUAUCGCGCGUGUCCGUGACCACGCGUUCCCACUGCUAUUGCAGAAGAAUGCGAGCGAGUUUCCAAUCGUCUACGCGGCGAGAAUUGGACCGAGUCAUCGCGACGUGUUGAUUUUGAUCGUCGGUGCGUUUAGCCGAUACGUUAACCAUCUCGACGAGGACGACUUUAAGAAAAAGGAGGUACAGAACAUGCUCAAGAUGCUACGUGCAAAUCUCAAACUCGCGAUUGAUAAUGCGCUACUCCCACAAAACCAGCCACACCUCCUCUCCUCAUACCUCCAGGUGUUGAUCAUGAGCGAGGGUGACUCGUGGAUCCACAAGACGGCACACGACCUUGGUCUCCUCUUACGUGAUCCCGACGGCCGGCCGGUGGCAGAGGCUGAAGCACUCGUCCGCCGCUUCGCUACGCGCGAGCUACGAUCUGUUCCGGGGGGCGUGGCGGAUGUAGAAGAGUACGUGUGGAACGCGACGCUCGACCUCGUCAUCAUGGCUGCGUGGAGUGUCGCUGCGGGCCAGAUUGACGCAGAAAACCUGCCCACAUACACUUUUGCGCGCGAUCUGCGCACCUUUGCCGAACUUAAGGAGGCAAUGGAGGCGAAUAAGGUCAAGAUGGCGCGCGUGAACCGCCGUGUGCGGUUCAUCCUCGACACGGUUAUGCGCAUCGCGCCGAAUACGGUGCUGGGCAUGCGGGCGCGCGUGUCCGAGGUCCGCGCGGCUGUCGACCGGGGAUCGCCCGCGGUGUAA